GAAAAACAUGUAACUUUGUUUUUAUCACUUUACUGUCUGUGUAGAGUUGUUUGUUUUCUUGGAAGAUGGACUUUUGUCUGAGCACAAAAAGAAAACCCAUCCAUGCACACAACCUCUCUCUCGUUUGCGUCAUCAUCGACGCUUCAUUGUCCUCUUCCUGCUCUUUCUCAUGUUUUUUAUAUUUAAUUUUCCUGUGUCUUCAACAUUAGUACGAGCACCUUACUUGCUUUGGUUCUUUCAUCUUAAUGAGCAGCGAUCUUGUGCGUCCCUAAACAGCUGCAUUUCUCGUUCUUUUUUGGAAACCAUCCACCGUCAUCGUGUGAUCAUUGAUAGACUGAAAAAAGUUUUCAACUUUUGCUUCUGCCUUGGAGGUUUAUUCUAAUUCUCUUGUAAAACGUUUUCUUGGGUAUAAACCAGAUUCAAAUCAUUCAUCGUCAUUUUGAGAAUAUAAUUUCCUCUUUAAACACCGAGCGGUUUUUGGAGACAUUUUCUUAGCUUUUGCCUUUUAGGGUUUGUUUCUGAAUUUCCUUUGUCAAGAACAUGGCUUUCCCACAAAAUUAUCUGUUACAGUGCUUCGUUGUUGAAUUUAUAAGAUACCCAUCUCGCUAUUUCCACCAGAAAUUGCAUCCCUGCAAUUUGUAGGCCCCCCUUUUUUCUUCUUCUUUGGAUUUUCUUGCAAACACUAAGCGUGCGGCUCAAAAAUUGUUCUUUCCAGCUAUUUGGUUAUACGUUUGUAAUAUGGGUUGUGUUCAUGGCAAGUAUUGUAGCAGGUACCCAUCGUCAACAGAGAGUAAUUCAGGGGACUACGGUGAAAUGGGUUCACAUAUGAAUGCCACCAGCAAGCAUAUACUUACACGAAGUUCACUAGAGAUUGUUCCUGUCCCUUCCCGUAACUAUGAAUUGCAGUACUCUGUCUUAACACAGAGAGGUUACUAUCCUGGCUCGCCUGAUAAGGAAAACCAGGAUAGUUUCUGCAUUAGAACACAAGUUCAAGGUAACCCGAAUGUACAUUUCUUUGGUGUGUUUGAUGGCCACGGUCAUUUUGGUACUGAAUGUUCCCAGUUUGUUAAGGAUAGGUUAGUUGAAAUAUUAGCAUAUGAUCCCACGUUGUUGGAUGACCCUGUUAAAGCUUAUAAUUCAGCAUUCUUAAUGACAAACUAUGAGUUACAUAGUAGUGAGAUUGAUGAUUCAAUGAGUGGUACAACAGCGAUAACAGUUCUUGUGAUUGGAGAUACAAUUUAUGUUGCUAAUGUAGGCGAUUCGAGAGCAGUUAUUGCUGUUAAAAAUGGGAAUAGGAUUGUAGCAGAGGAUUUGUCUAGAGAUCAAACACCAUUUAGGAAAGAUGAGUAUGAGAGAGUUAAGCUUUCUGGGGCUAGGAUUCUGACUGUUGAUCAAGUCGAAGGGCUUAAGGAUCCGGAUAUACAGGUGUGGGGUAAUGAGGAAAGUCACGGGGGUGAUCCUCCAAGAUUGUGGGUGCAAAACGGGAUGUAUCCAGGAACAGCAUUUUCGAGGAGUGUAGGGGAUGGUACAGCUGAGACAAUCGGUGUCAUUUCUGUUCCUGAGGUGUCUAUGGUUCGCCUUACUCCUGAUCAUUUGUUCUUUGUUGUUGCAAGUGAUGGAGUUUUUGAGUUCCUCUCAAGCCAGACUGUUGUGGAUAUGGUGGCAAGAUGCACAGAUCCCCGAGAUGCUUGUGCUGCCAUUGCUGGGGAGUCAUACAAAAUAUGGUUGGAACAUGAAAGCAGGACAGAUGAUAUUACAAUCAUUAUUGUUCACAUUAAGGGCUUGUCUAAUGUAAGUUUGAUUAGG